UACCUGUCACUUUGAUAUGAGAUUGAAGAAAGAAAAACCUUUCAAAAGAAAACACGGCUAUAUUACAUCGCUAACAAAAUAAAUGGAAUACGCCGUUGGGUAUACACCUCAAUUAGAUACACAGUGAAUUGAAUUAAUCCCGGAAAAUAUCUAUGAACAGGAGAUUGUUAAUUGUUAUGAAUUCCUCUUAAUAUGUUAACUCCAUCCCUUCUUCUGGCUAUGACAAUAUGGAUAAACCUCUGGCCUGAUGUCGCCAUGGCUCAAGUUUUCCAAUAUUUUCUUGUGGACAACAACAAACAAACAGCCUCCGUUCUGGACACGAUAAAACUGCCAACAUGCACGCAUAUAGAUCUGAGACAAAACGUCACUCUUCGCGGCGGAAUCAAAUCGGGAAAUUUUACCAAAUUGGGCGAAGUCGCGGACAUGCAGACGUGCAUCGAUGCUUGUUGUCAGGACUUGAAAUGCGACGUAGCGUUUAUGGCAGAGACGACUUGCUAUAGUCUGAAAUGUUUUACUGAGAGAGUGUGCGAGACUGUGCCUUCUAAGCCAAGGCGGACUAAUAAAAGCGUUCAGAUUUCACAUAUAGUACGAGGUGGAGGACGGGGUGAUGAUUUAGAAACCUUUAGCCAGCAACAAGGCAUAGAAAAAUAUGUUCCAAAAGACAAAACCAAAAGAAUAUGUACGCCAAGUAAGAGAGUGUACAACGCUUCACUACGGGGAGGUAAAUAUGCUGGCAAUAUGGCACCUUUAAACGUUUCAAACAUUUACGAAUGCAUCGAAAGAUGCUGCAAUAGACCACAAUGUGAUCUGGUAUACUGGAGAAACGGUAGAUGCCACGCCGUCUCGUGCUAUACGGAUGAAUUGUGCAAAAGCAGCAAGGCUGAUAAUGGGGAAGAAAAUAUUCUAGUUUACAUCAAUAAAAGAGCGCACAGAAGAGUGAAAGACAAAGGCGUGUGUACGAAUCAAUGCUCAAACGGUAUCUGUAUUAAAGAUGAUACGUGCGCAUGUGACGUGGGAUUUCGUGGAAAGCGAUGCAAUCUACCAGUUAAGAAAGGCUUUUGUGGGCAGAAAGGGUGUGGAGAUAACGGUCGUUGCCAUACCAACGAUACCUGUGUCUGUCGAAAAGGAUAUUUUGGUUAUUUGUGUGAGAAGACAUUACAAUGUCAUCCUAAAUGCCAACAUGGUGUGUGUCUAAACAACUCAACCAAGCACUACAAAUGCAGAUGUGACAUUGGCUGGGAAGGAAAGCAUUGCGACAAAGCAAAUGGAGAUAUUGUAGUGGCUUCUGAGGAUGGAGACGAAGUUCUAUUUACUAAAUUAAAGGAGAAGGAUAACGAUUUUGGGCACCACGAUGAAGGCCCUCGUGAAUCCAUCUCAUCUAUAGGUGUGGCCCUAGCAUGCGCUCUCGCGGCCACAAUCUUGGGGACUGCGGCUAUCGUGUUUGUCACACGCCGGAUCUUGAAGAGCAGAUCUACUGUGAAUUAUGAACUUUUACGAGAGCCUUUAAGGCACGAUUCCAAAAAACAUCACCUCUCAUCAUAACCAAUUGGAUGCACUUAAUUGGAUUGGCAUAGCUAGGUACAUAAUUAUGUAGGACGGAUCUAUUAUGUCUGUUUCCUGGCCAGUUUUGUAAUUAGAAACAUUCACUUAAAGCUGUUUUCCAUU